CCCACUCUUUGAUGGGUCGUACGUUCUUGUUGUACUUAAAAGGAGCAACUCCAGUUGCUUCCAUUAGCAACUCAUCUCUUGUUAGUUUGUUGCUCCCUUCUCUCUGCACAUAACUUGGGUUUUAAACCCUCCUUUAUUUUUCUCUCUACAAGACUUUGAGAGAAGCACAGACCAUAUUCAUGUGUAGUGGUUCGACGAGUAAGGUCUGUUCUACUGAUUUAGUCAUGGAAGCUGAAAAUCAGAAGCAAAAAGAACUUGUCCCUGGGUUCGCCCUUUUGCUCGAGUUAUCGGCCUCGGAUGAUGUUAGAAACUUCCAGAAGGCUGUGGAAGAGGAGGGUCAUGACAUCAAUGAAGUGGGGUUAUGGUAUGUUAGGAGAGUUGGUGAAACAAAGAUGGGAUAUGAGGAGAGGACACCCCUUAUGAUUGCUGCAACUUUUGGUAGCAAACAGGUGCUUAAUUAUAUUCUGGAGAAGGGUUGUAUUGAUGUUAAUAAACCUUGUGGCUCCGAUCGGGCUACAGCGCUUCACUGCGCAAUUUCUGGUGGCUCGGGAGCUUUGCCCGACGUUGUCAAGCUCUUGCUUGACGCUUCUGCUGAUAUCAAUUUAGUAGAUGCAAAUGGAAAACGGGCUGUUGACCUGAUUCCCGCUCGGAGUUGUUGCCUCAACUCUAGGCGGAAGAUGCUGGAGCACUUGCUCGGAGGAAACAAAGACGAGGGCGAGCUUGAUCAAGCAGAAGAACAACAAUUGUUGACUCCAACCGCCUCCAAAUUUGGGAGCGAGAAGAAAGAGUAUCCCGUUGAUCCCUCUCUUCCAGACAUAAAGAACGGGAUAUAUGGAACGGAUGACUUUAGAAUGUACAUUUUUAAGGUGAAGCCGUGCUCAAGAGCAUAUUCCCAUGAUUGGACAGAGUGCCCCUUUGUUCACCCUGGUGAAAACGCUAGAAGGCGUGACCCUAGUAAAUACCACUAUAGUUGUGUCCCUUGUCCUGACUUUCGUAAGGGAACAUGCCAGAGGGGAGAUGCUUGUGAAUAUGCUCACGGUAUUUUUGAGUGCUGGCUUCACCCUUCACAGUACCGGACCCGUAUGUGCAAGGAUGAAACAAAUUGCAGUAGGAGGGUAUGUUUCUUUGCUCAUAAACUUGAAGAGCUUCGCCCCUUGUACCCUUCCACGGGGUCUGCUGUACUUUCCCCUAGAUCAUAUUCAAAUGGUACUUCGUCAUUGGAAAUGGGAUCCAUUUCUCCACUAGCCCUCGGUUCUCCAUCAACUCCACCUAUGUCUCCUUCUACAGGAGCUUCUGCUGUGGGUGGAUCUCUGUGGCCCAGCCAGAUCAGCCUUGCAACUCCAACCUUGCAGCUGCCUAUUAGUCGGUUGAAAACAGCAAGCAGUGCCAGAGACAUGCAAUUAGAUAAUGGUUUACGUGGAUAUGAAAGUCAUCAUCUGAUGGAUGACUUAUCUGCUCUUUCUUCGCCAUCCAGGUGGAAUAGUUCUUUUAAUGAUCGAAAUGGCGAAUUUGGUACGCAUGGUGGAUUGGGACCCACUAAUAUUGAUGAUAUCUUAGCAAACCUUGAUUCCAAAAUUUUGUCUCAGCUAAAUAUGAACCAGCAACAUAUGACAAGCUAUUCUUCGGGUCAAUCCUCACCAUCUUUUAGGACAUCAAAUUCAUAUGGAAUCGAUCCAUCUGGUGCUGCAACAGCAGCUUUGAGUUCAAGGUCGCUUGCAUUUGCCAAGCGAAGCCAGAGUUUCAUUGAUCGAAGUGCUGGGGCCCGUCUUUCUAAUGGGUCCGGUGUGCCUUCUAACCUCUCAGGUUGGGGCUCACCUGAUGGUAAAUUGGACUGGGGCAUCCAGAAGGAAGAGCUCAAUAAGUUGAGAAAAUCUGCUUCGUUUGGUUUACGGAGCAGUGGCAAUAGGUUUCCUACUAGUGAAUCUUCCGUUGAGCCUGAUGUCUCUUGGGUUCAGUCUCUGGAUUCUCCUAGACAGUUGUCUAUGGAGGAUCAGCAGUAUCGUUUGAAUACUAGUCGAGGUCUUGAGACGAUUCCAACAUGGGCAGACCAGCUAUACAUGGAGCAGGAGCAAAUCGUGCAUUGAUGGUGAAGAUUGGAUUCGGGAGCAUUCAUUCAAAUAUCUAACAAGUUUUUUUGUAAUUUUUUGAAUUCUUUUUUUCAUAUUCACCAUCUUGUUGAUGAAAGAAUACUGAUAAGCAGAGAAAGUAGUUGGGCAGGGUGGAAGAAUUCUGCUCCUUGAAAUAUUUUUCCUAUUUUUUAUUUUUGAGUUCUGAAUUUUGAUUGAUGUCUGCUUUAAUCUCAUCAUUAUAGACCAUGUAACAUGGCAAUGAAUAAUGAUACAAGUAAAAUGGUUCUGAUUCAAGAGCCAAGUUAUCAAA